GUCAAAUAUUCAGUUCAUACAUAUUCGUUAAAGGAAUAAUCCGCUAGAGUGCGCACUAUUGGCACCCUUAACAAUACUCGUUAAAAAUUGAAUGUUCGAAAAAUAUUAUAUUGAGUUCGUUGGUGAAGGAAAAGGACGAAUUGGAAUCUUUAUUCUAAUAUGAAAAGUCUGUCGGCAAUUAUUUUUCUUCUCAGUAUGCACGACUCCAUCGACGCUGAUAUAUCAUUGUGUCCUCUUGAUAUUUAUCCGCAAAAAAUACCGGAUAGAGAGAGGAUGGAACAGGAUAAAGAAGAGUUAGCUACUGGUUUGACAAUUCGUGAUAUCCUCCCGACUGAUCCAAGUAAAUAUGAUAAAAUGAGGCCACCAAAACGUGAUGGUAAUCCAACCAUAGUUCAUUUUCAUGUUACUGUCAUGGGUUUGGACAGCAUCGACGAAAAUUCGAUGACAUAUGCAGCGGAUAUAUUUUUUGCACAAACUUGGAAAGAUCACAGAUUGAGACUUCCCGAGAACAUGACAACGGAAUAUAGACUACUCGAAGUGGAAUGGUUGAAAAAAAUGUGGAGGCCGGAUUCGUUUUUUAAAAAUGCCAAAUCUGUUACUUUCCAAACAAUGACAAUUCCGAAUCACUAUAUGUGGCUCUAUAAAGACAAGACCAUACUUUAUAUGGUAAAGUUAACAUUGAGGCUCUCUUGUGCUAUGAACUUUAUGAUUUACCCGCAUGAUACUCAAGAAUGUAAACUGCAAAUGGAAAGUUUAUCUCACACAACGGACGAUAUGAUUUUUGAAUGGGACCCUGAUGUUCCUUUGGUAGUGGAUGAAAACAUCGAACUUCCUCAAUUAGCAUUAGUUAAAAAUAAUACUGCUGAUUGUACUCAGGUAUAUUCAACGGGAAACUUCACAUGCCUAGAAGUAGUAUUCCUUCUGAAAAGACGACUGGGAUAUUAUCUGUUUCAUACAUACAUUCCUACAUGCUUGAUAGUUAUCAUGUCGUGGGUAUCCUUUUGGAUAAAACCAGAGGCAGCUCCAGCAAGAGUUACUUUAGGAGUAACUUCAUUAUUAACAUUGUCGACUCAACAUGCUAAAAGUCAAGCAGCUCUUCCUCCAGUUUCCUAUUUAAAAGCUGUAGAUGGAUUCAUGUCCGUUUGUACUAUAUUUGUGUUUAUGGCUCUUAUGGAAUACUGUCUAGUGAAUAUCGUCUUGGGAGAUUCAGAUGCUCCUAAGAAACCGGCUCCGAAAAAUCCUCCCGGUGUCUCAGACAAACCUACUAGCGAGAAUUCUUUUGCUGGAAGUAAAGCAAAGUCGACUGUCAACAUUGCCGAAAGACAAAGAAAUAGGGCUAUAAAUAUCGAUAGAUUUUCUAGGGUUUUCUUUCCACUAUUAUUUACUAUUCUGAACUGUACGUAUUGGAUAUUAUUUGCUGAGUAUAUCUAAUGUAUAAGGGUCGAAUAUAAAAACAAAUAUCGUUGUUUCCACUCAUUCUGCUUGUUGAGAAUAUUCAUACAAAAUUUUGCAAAGUAGUACAUACAGUGUGAUAUUUGUACAGUUUCAGUCAUUGCAUUGUCCCAAAACCUUCAGAACCUUUAUUUUCUGUUUUAUACUCGUAUAAGCAAUGUAUUUGAUUUUUUUAUAUGUAUUUAUUAAUAAAAAUGAUAACAAAA